CCUGGGGGCCCCUCCUCUCUCCAGGGAGCCUGGUGUGUCUUGGAGUUUAGGGGGCCAGUGUGAGUGCUUUGGGGGGCUUCUCUAAGUGUGUGUGUGAGCUUUGAGUGUGUGUUGGUUGCUGCCUACUUGUGUGUGCUCUGCGCUGAGGGGGCGGGUGGCGGGAUGUGUGUGCACCUUGGAUGCCUCCCGAGUGCGGUGCUGGGUUGGCCGGAGUGUUGCGUGUGUGCAGUUGUGUGUGGGCAGCUGGGGUCUUGCUGUGGGGGAUGUGUUGUUCUUGGAGAGUGGGCACCAGGGUAGGUGCUCCCAGGGUCUGCGGGAGGGUGGUAUGGAUGGGGGUGGUCCCGUCCGUGGGGAUACAUGGGGGGCGGUCAGGGGGUGCAUAUGUGCACAUGUCAGAGAACCAGCCCGUUGUGUGUCCACGUGUGUCCUCUGUGUAUCUGUGCUGGUGGGCAGUCUGGGGUGUCGAGAUGUUAUGCGUCUGUGUCUUUGUGCCUGUGCUGUGUCUGUGUAUUGUGCGCCCGUGCUGCCGCCGCUCUGCGCGUGUGUGUGUGUCGAUUUUGAGCCUUCAGGACGCCCGUCCCUCCCCAGGCCUCCCAUCCAAGGGGCCCAGGUCCCUGUCCUCGGCUGCCCCAGAGCAGGGGGUGCAGAGCUGCAGCCAGAACCCCUCCCCACAAGGCCACUAAUUGAAGCCAGGUUUAUGUGGGCCACCCCUCCCCCUCUGGCCACCAGUCUCUGAAUGGGGGUGGGGCAGCCACUCUGGCCCAUCAGCCUCAGGUGCUGGGGGACUUGGCCUUAGGGAUGGAUUUGCCUCAUCUGCCUAUUCCUGACCUCAAGUGGGGCUAUCACAUUUGAAAACGAUAAACUCUAUGGUGAGUGAGCUGGGCUCUGAAGAGAGUCCCUGCUCCCAGCUAGGAGUCCUGGAUAGUCACGUGGUGCCACUACUUGCCAUCCACACUGUGCCAGCCGCCUCUAUUUCUCGUCCUAACAAUAGUCCAGGAAGGUGGCCUUAUCCCCAUUGUACAGAUGUGGACACCGAGGCUCAGAGAGGUGAUCUGCCUGGUCUCAAGACACACAGCUGGGAAAUGACCUCCUCCCAGGUAUUCGCAGCCGCCUCUCCAGUCAGGCUCUGCCCUGACUGGCUGUGCGACCCUGGGCAGGCCUUUCCGAGUGUUGGGCCUGGGUUUUCUCUUGGGUUAAACAAGAGGGGAUGGCCUGACCCCACCUCUUAAUGGCCUGUGAGUUUCCACAUCCUGGAAAAAAUGAGGACGCAGGGAGGAGGUGGGGACAGCUGAUGGGCAGAACGAUCAUUUCAGAGCAGCCCAGGCCAGGGUGCCCAUUCUACAGAUAGAAGACUGAGGCCCAGAAAGGUCAGGGGGCUAGUCAAGCAGGGUCACACAGCCAUCUCCUGUGAGGCCCGGCCGGCUCCCGCACUUUGCCGGCACCUUUCCCCCGGAGCCCUGUGGGGAGGGUUGUGGUGGGUGUGAGGGACUCUGAGAGUCGGAGUCUCAGCCUUUAAGAUCCAGAGGUAGUUUCUGUGGCCUCUUUCCUUAUCCUCUGCCCCUGCCCCCAAGGAUCCAGGGGAAAGGAGGACUUUUCUCUGUCCGACUCACUGCCGCACAUUCGUGUGUGUGUGUGUGUGUGUGUGUGUGUGUGCCGCACAUUCGUGUGUGUGUGUGUGUGUGUGUGUGUGUGUGUCUGGUCCUGGAUUCCUCACUGGCCGCUCAACGAGAUUUCACUCAACGAGGUAAAAAAGUUGCUCUUUCCGGGAGAAUGGGGGGAGACAAUGAGCACAUUUACACAUCAGGUGAGAAUAAUCGUCAUUUGUCAACCUGGGGUGGGAAAAUCGGCUGAUCCUGCAUCUCUGCUGGGGUAGAAAUUCGACUGCUUCUGAAUUUCGCCUUCCCUCGGGGAGCAGCUGCUCUGCGCCAGGCGCUUUCUGAAUGUGAUCUCAUCCGGUCCUAACAGCUCAGUGAGCCAGGCCCUGUGCUUACCUCCUUACGCUGCCCCCAGUCUACAAAUGGGGAAAGUGAGGCCCAGAGGGCCCGGGCAGCAAGCUAGGCCCAGAUGGAGCUAGGAUUCGAAUCCUGGCCUAACUGGCCUUAGCACUCUGCUGCCUGCAGACCUUCAGUACAGAAACUUCACAGCCGUCCCCCCAGGAAAGGCCCCUGGUCUUCAGGCCCCACUGGUCAGAGUUGCCGUCUAUGGUGAGAAGUUUCAGCUGCCACCAUGAAAGGUCUCUCCCGGGCUUGACACAAGGCGGGGGAAGGCAAGAGAGAAAAACCCCAAAGAUCAAAGCUCUUUGUAGGAACCUUUGCUAACAAGUGUCAGAGAGUGGAGGGCCCAGGAAGGCUCCUAAACUUUGUGGAACACCUCAGAUCCUGGUUCCAGCUGACAAGUGAUGUCAGCCAGUGAUGUGAGCCCAUUCCUGGGCCAGCCUGAGGCACAUGAGAGAGAGUGUGCAGGGUGUGUGUGUGUGUGUGUGAAUUCUCAGAGUCACAAAGAAGAAGGUUCAAAUCCCAGCUCUGACACUUAGCACCUGUGUGCCCUUGGGCAGGUCACUGUCUGUCUCUGAACCUCUGUUUCCCCAUCUGAAAAAUGGAGACAAUGUUAGUGCCCAUGGCUUCUUUGGAAUUGCACCCACAAAAGGGGCUCAGAUGAGUAACCCGUGAUAAAAUACACAGUGACCAACUCAUUUAAAAUGAACCCUGGGUGAGUGUUGCCUCAUUUGAUGUCCUGGGAAUUAUCUUUUGUGUUUUGCCAUCUGAGCCAGUUUGUCCAAAUUCGUGUCACAUCAGGUGGCCCCGGGUCACUUGGAACAAGCCACUCAGUGGCCCCAUGUCAUUCCUACAUCAUCUUCUGAAUCCCCAAGUCAGCGUGAGUCGGUACUGUCACCCACUUUAUGGAGCUGGGCCUGAGGCCUGGGCACUCGAGGGGACCUGCCGCCAAGAUGUUGGGCACCUGACUUCCUGCUCCAGCCCGGAACUCACUGUGUGGCCUGGGGCCUGCCCCUUGCCUUCUCUGGGCCUCUGUCUCCCCGUUUCCGUCCCCUGGAGAGGGCACCUCAGUCAGGGCAUCGUGAGGCUUUUCCGUCUUGGCACCUGUAGCCCCACCCAGAGUCCUGUGCCCUCUGCCGGGUGGGGCAGAGGCUCUCAAGGGGCAGCCUGGGGUGCGCAGGAAGGGGUUGCUGGGUUUGUCUGAGCGGCCGGGCUCGCUCACGCUGGCUGGGAGAUGUACUGCGUUAGAAGCCGACUGCUGCGUAAAGCUGGGCCAUAAGGAAUUUAUUAGUCAGCCGGGCUGUCUGGGCCGGGAGGGUCUGGGGGCUUCACGUCGGGAGCUUUCCAGCGGGGGGAGGGAGGUGCGGGGUUCAUCUGGAUCCCAUUUGGUGGCGGCCACAGGACUUAGGCUCCAGCUUUGUUCCAGGCACGAGGGUUCCCUCUGGGCCUCCAGGCCCUGCUUUGAGCCUCGAGGUGGGGGUUAGCCAUGGGGCACAUGCUCACACAGGCCUCUGCUGAGCUCAGAAUCGGGAUGCUUCAAAACCUAUGAAUCUUCCAGAGACGGGACCGCAGAGGAGCUGGGAGCAGCGAGGAUGGCUUCCCAGAGGAGGGGGCAGCUCUCUCAGUUACUCACUGAGCCCUACCGUCCUCUCUCCCUCCGUGCCUGCAUCCAAACCCCAGCUCUUCCUCAGCAAGUCACUUAAUCCCUCUGAGCCUCAGUUUCCUCACCUGGAAAAUGGGGAGAAUGUAGUACCUGCCCUAUUGGGCAGUUCUCAGGAUUCAAUGAGAAAUUCCAUGUAAGAAAUGUAAAAUAGUGUCUGGCACAUGGCAAGCAAUGAAAGGGCUCCAGGCAGCAUGGUUUCCGCGGCGGCCCCCAGCCUCACGGCGUCUCUGCUGCUCCUCCUGCGGGUCCUGCCCACGGCGUCCUAUUCCGUGUCCCUGCGGGCCACCUUCCUGGAGGACACGGCGGGCAGCGGGGAGGCCGAGGGCGCGUCGGCCUCCUCCCCGAGCCUCCCGCCGCCCCGGACCCCAGCCCUCAGCCUCACCUCGGUGGGGCCCCAGCUCACGCCCCUGGCGGGCCCCAAGCCCCCCACCAACUUCCUGGACGGCAUCGUGGAUUUCUUCCGCCAGUACGUGAUGCUCAUCGCCGUGGUGGGCUCCCUGGUGUUCCUACUGCUGUUCACCAUCUGUGCCGCUCUUAUCACCCGCCAGAAACACAAAGCCUCUGCCUACUACCCCUCAUCUUUCCCUAAGAAGAAGUACGUGGACCAGAGUGACCGGGCCGGGGGCCCCCGGGCCUUCAGCGAGGUCCCCGACCGUGCCCCUGACGGCCGGCCCGACGAGGCCCGCGAUUCCUCCCAGCAGCUCCAGGCUGACAUCCUCGCCGCCACCCAGAACCUCAAGUCUCCCGCCAGGGCCGCCCCGGGCAUGGGAGACGGAGCCAGGAUGAUGGAGGGCAAGUCGGAGGAAGAAGAGAAGGGCAGCCGGGAGGCGGACCAGGAAGCCCCGGGACACGGGGUCCCGGCAGAGAAACCAGAGGCGCCGCCAGAGGAGCCCUGCUCGGUGCAGGCGGAUGGGGCUGUGGCAGCUGCUGAAGGUCAAGGGGAGCCAGAAGCAGCUCCCUCAUUAGCCCUCGGAGCUGGGGGCCCAGCUGGUUCCCUCGAAAACCCCUGUGCUUGCGGCAGUGUCCCCCCCAGCAUCUAACAGGCCUCUAGGGCUGCCGGCCCUGAUUGUCGGACCCCUGGUGGUCACCUCCUUGGGCACAGAAAGGUCCUCGGCCCUUACCGUGCUCUGACACCCCCUACUCGGCCACUCCCCGCGGCAAAUCCCGGCACGUCUGAUCCUACUACAGCAGGCAGAGAUGCUGGUCUCUGUUCCACCCUCAGGAAUCUCAUCCACUUCGAGAACAUUUGUCCCCGCAGCCCCAAGGCCUACAUCCCAAAGUACAGCUCCUCUGGGGAGAUGGAGCUGAGGAUGUGUCCCUGUCACAGCCACGUCCGCUGGGAAACAUAUGUCUCAGGUCCCUUGUGACAAUGCAAACGUCGCCGCUUUCCAUCGAGGUAGGAAAGAGAAACAGAAUAACUAGGAGGUUUGGAAGAGGUUGAACAGAUGGGAGAUGCAGAGGUGCCUGGGGUUGAAGCAGGGAGAGGUGCCGCAGAAGAUCAGUCAGGAGGCUUCCGUGAGGGGUCCUGCACCGAUCACGACAGGUUCCUAAGUGAGCAUUUCCCAAACUGGGUUCCCUGGAAGAAAGAUUUUGAGGUCCAGUGAAUGAAUUGAGGAAA